AUGGCCCACGAAGAGAGCCACGCACCGCCCCACGCCGGCCACCCAAACCCCGGGACGGCGGCCGCCGUCAACAGCCGGCAAAAUCCCCAUUGGAACGAAAGCAUGUUCUCAUGCUGUUCUCCCUUCGAUCUGUGCAUGGCAACAUGGUGCUUCCCGUGCGUCACUUAUGGCAAGACAGAGGCGAGAAGGAAAGACCCCAGUCUGAAGGACUACAAUGGAGUCAACAACGAGUGCUUGGUCUACUGUGGUCUCAGCGUCAUCAUGCUUGGCUGGAUCCCCCAAAUGAGGAGGCGAAAGGCCAUCAGAGAACAGUACGGUAUUGAAGGGUCGUCUGGUGGCGAUUGUAUGACUGUCUGCUUCUGUCCCUGCUGCGGCCUGAUUCAAGACGACAAAGAGGUGACGUUCCGGGAAAGUUUUGGGAAAACUGAGGGUUACCAGAGGAACGGAGACAUGACCUAUCCAUGA